AAUUUCCUUCUACCAGCAUUUAGAAUGUGACCACCGAACCAUAUUUCAGAAAUAUUACAACUGCACAAACGGAAAAGAAAAGGAAAAAGAAAAUACAGCAAAGCAUCAAAGCUGCAUGGUCGCACCACAGUAAAAUCCUAAACACACCCCACGCGACAAAUUACAUCAAAAUUUUUGAAGGACAAAUUAUAAUCCUUGGAACGCUUUAAUUUCCUUGUAACAAUAUUUAAAAUGUGACCACUGAACGAUAAUACAAAAUUGAAAUUUUCAUUUCAGAAUUACUAUUACGUACGGCUACGUAAAAGGAAAAGGAAACAGUCAAAUCCCGAAUAUCCGCGCCCUUCCCGGCCGAUAGAUUAGAUCAGAUCACCCCGCCGAUGACCAUUUCUUCUUCUUCUUCUUAAACCCUUCAUUCACAGAGCUCCAUAUCCAUCGGGAAGGAGCUCCCGGCGCAAAGCGUGUUCCAAUCCUAGAUCGAUCGGCAGGCAUGGCGGCGGGCUACGGCGAGGAGCUCCUGGGCAGGGUGUCGGGCAUGGUGGCGGCGUGCACCCGGCGCGUGUCGCGCGCGACGCGGCGCCUCCUCCGGCGCCACUACCACCGCGACGGCGCCGGCGGGCAGAGGAGAAGAAAGCUGCAGCAGCAGACGAUGUCGACGACGACGGCCGCGGCGGCGGCGGGGAGUGUGGUGGCGGCGGCGCUGUGCGCGCGUGGGGCGGCCAUCGACAAGGGCCGGGUGUCGUCGUCGUCGUCGUCGGGAGAGGCGCUUUGGAGCCGGCGGAUCCUGAUGGGGGAGCGCUGCCAGCCGCUGGACUUCGCGGGCGCCAUCCACUACGACAGCUUCGGGCGGCGGCUGGCGCGACCGCCCAUGCCGCGCUCCACAUCCUCCCUCUCCUACCGCUCUCCCUCCUCCGGGUCUGGCCGGAGCACCACCGAUGAUGCCGACGCCGACGGCUCCGACACGACCUACCCUGAGAAUUACGACGUCGUCGACUCGCCGUCUAGCUGAUGAUGAUGACCUUCUUAUUAAUUAGCUUCUUGUCGUCAAAUGGUCGAUGACAAAAUCUAAUAAAGUGGUGUACGCUCGUGUACUCUCGAUCCAUUCGAUUUUGUUGUUAUUUUCCAGGAGCAUUAGUGCAUUUACAAGUGUGAUCA